CAAAUCAAAGCCAUCUGAGUUUACAAAAGAGGGAUUUGAUUAUGGGAAAUGGACAAGGUGAUGACCAAAACUCCCAAUAAAGGCUAGAAUACCAUAAUACAAAUACCAUAUGUGAGCUGAGAGCUGCUCACUAUAUCAACAGCAACAUGUGGAUGAGACGCGCUCAAGUUUCCUGAUCACAGCGACUGACUGAACAAAGCGGCGCGAGCGCGAGUCCAAACAUGACGCGGAGUGGAUUAUUACCCUUGCUAUUAGUAUUAUGAGUGGCCAUGGCGUGGUGUGACCGUGGGAAUCAGAUGCUGCUGGCCACCGUCGGGGCUUUUGUGGCGUUUAGUUUGAUGAGCAUCGCUAUCGGGACCGACUACUGGCUUUAUUCUCGGGCAUAUAUAUGUAACGCCACCAACAUCAGCACGGACGACACGCAGACGCAACCCAAGAAGGUCCGCGGAGAUCUCACACACUCCGGGCUCUGGAGGAUCUGCUGUAUAGAGGGUAUCAACGAAGGAAGUUGUUACCGAAUCAAUCAUUUCCCAGAUGAUAAUGAUUAUGACACAGACAGCUCUGAGUAUCUCUUGCGUAUUGUGCGUGCCUCCAGUGUGUUCCCCAUCCUCAGUACCAUUCUGCUGUUGCUGGGAGGGCUGUGUGUUGGGGUGGGACGCAUCUACAUCAAGUGGAACAACAUAUUACUCUGCGCAGGGAUACUGUUUGUGGCAGCAGGUUUGAGCAACAUCAUCGGUAUAAUUGUCUACAUCUCCAGCAACGCCGGUGACCCCAGUGACAAUCGUGACGAAGACAAAAAGAGCUUGUAUUACUACGGUUGGUCGUUCUAUUUCGGAGCGCUCUCCUUCAUUGUGGCUGAGGCGGUUGCCGUUCUAGCUGUUAGUAUCUACAUUGAGAAGAGCAAAGAAGUCCGGUUCAAAGCACACCGAGAGUUCAUCAAGGCUACCCUGUCCUCUUCGCCGUAUUCCCGCAUACCCAGCUUUCGCUACCGCCGACGGCACUCACACUCCAGUUCUCGCUCCACAGAAGCAUCCCGUGAGGCGUCACCCGUGGGCAUGAAGAUGAUAAGCUCGGUUCCUGUAGGAGAGAUCAACAUGUACACAUUGACAAGAGAUCCGCUUAAGUCAGGAACGGACAGCUCCUACAGCCCUGACCACGAUUCUGGAUUCCUCCAAGUGCACAACUGCUUUCCCAAAGACCUUAAUGAUGGUAUCAACAGGAGGACAACACCUGUAUGAGGGCACACUAGAACGGAAGAGAUCAAGUUAUGCCCAUACUGAAUGGAUAGCCAGUGAGGCUCAGUGGUCUGUGGCAGGUGCCAGAGAAAGCGAUACUCAUUGAUGAAGCUGGUCGACCAAUGACGUCUGUCAUCGGUGAAGGAGAAGCACUGUGUAAAAGAAGAAAGGAUUUGAUCUCGACGUUCAACAAUCACUGCAAAUGCGCUAAUUUGUUUUUCUUGUUAUAUUGUUCCUCACAUAUAAACAUGAACUCUCAGAGAGACCCAUCUCUCAUCAAAGGGCAAGACACGCAAAUGUAAAAUGGAUAACCUUUUGACCAUAAGGUGCAGUGCUUCAGAUAUUACCUUUGUGUAAGCCAGUCCGUUCCCGUAAUUGAGAGUAAAUAUCGGUACAGUGCCAUACUCUCAAUGUUUACCAACAUGAUAAUGACUCUCACUUUAUGAGAUGGUGCUAAAGUAGACUCACAGUUAAAGCCAUUAUGUGUUCAGUACAGACCCUUGUUUGUGUCAUAUGUUUGUAGCCACAGUUGUCUAGCUCUAUUCAGUGUGCCUAUCAUCUUGGCAGAGUCAACUGUAUAACCCCCUACUGAAAAGAGCAGCUUGGAUUUUCAUAAUGUUCUUCCUAAUGUUUUCAUAAUGCUUUCCUAUCUUGUGGAAACACUUAGGCCCUGUUUACACCUGGUAUUAAGAUGCGUUUUAGUCCAUCAGAUCACAAGUAGACGAGGGAGACGCAUUCCCGUUUACACCAGAUGUUUUAAUCCGUCUCAUUUGUCAACUUUCAACUACUUCUUGAUUCCCAAUUUCUUCGAGAGGAGGGUCUAUGGGUGGGUAAAUGUAUGGGCUUUUUCAGAUCUUUCGAUCUAACGGACGAAAUAAGUUCCCGCAAUUGAACACGCUGGGAGACAACGGAAAAACACAAGUGCUUUCGUUUCCGAAUGGGUUUUCCGUUUCCGAAAUCAGGAAUGAUGAGAGAACAUUGUGCUUUGUAAGUUUUUCGUCUUUAAACCAAACUUGGUCUUCAGCCAACAAAGUUUAAAUCCCGUCUGGCUAGCGCACUUCCCAUAACGUUUAAGUGUUAGAUCAGUCUUUUGUGGCUGUUUGAACACAUUUGACUACUAGAGCGACUACAUGAACUACGAAAGCAAUAUGGUCCAAUGUGUUUUCGACUACCUCUGGAAGUGGUCGAAAGGGGACAAGCUCAAAACGUUUUAGACCACGUUUAUUUAGCAUUGUCCACUUGUGAUCUGAUCAACCUAAACGCAUCUUAAUAGUAAUACCAGGAGUAAACAGGGCCUUAGACAUGCUGUUUAUCAACAAAACGUGACCAAGAAAGUCUUGCUGGGUAAGGGAUACUCAACUUUUCUUUGGAAAUAGGCUAAUUUUACAUUUUACCUCAGAGUUAA